AUGACCAACUGGCAUCUCGAAUUCGCCAAAGACUGCAUUCCACGUCCACUAUGGCCCCAGGACCUUUUCCCUCAAUGGGGUGCCGACAUCAUUAUGCUUUUAAGCGAGAUCUCAUCACUACCUGGCGCUACUCUCCCAGACUUCACGAGAAGACUGAAGGAAGUUGUAAAGAUGCGUCAACAGAAGAACAAGUCGGCGGCUGGCAGAUCGAGCCGGGUCAAAGCUGUAGAUCUGAAGGCGGUUCUGAAACAAUAUGUAAGAGAUGCCGAGGAGAUGGGAGCUGGGCUAGCAAGUCCGGAGUCAGACGCGAAGGAAAGAGAAGGUGGCCGCACAACCCGGAAUACCCGUAUACAGGUGCCAAAAACACCCGUAAAUCACGACGACGAAGACGAAGAGGAGGAAGAAGAAGGUUCAUCUGAACCGCUCGCCGGCGGAAAAUACCAGUACCUCUCUGGCGUUCGACCCGUCAAAGUCAACCUGAACCCUGAUGCAUCCGCCGUGAAGAAGCCAACGCGACCUAAACCACCACCAAGAGGCAAGAGACGGAAAGCAAAUGAAGACGCGGUUGCUGGCCCUGAAGCAAUCGAACUACCGACUUUAGUGCAUCAAGACCCCGACCCCCGGGUGCCUGAUGACACUGGUUUCCUCUCAGAUCUUGAAGGCAAUGAAGCGAGGGAGAAGAGCAGGAAGAGGAAGAAGCGGCUUUCGAGGCUGGAGCAGCAAAAAAUUAGGGAACCGCACUGGCAGCUGGAUAACGAUAACAUCACUCUUGAAGUUCCGACUCCGACGCAACCACCCGGUAUGUCUGCUGCAGAAGACGAAGAAGAGGCUGCGACCAUACCCGACGCGCACGAUGACGAAGACCUGGCUUUGUACAACGCAGAAAACCCGGCACCGGAUAGUGAAACGCACGAACACAUCGAUGCCACGGAAGAAGCCAAGAUCGAAGCCAUGAACCUACUCGACUCUCUGCCUGAACUCCCUGUACAUGCAACGGCAACAGAGAAGCGUGAAUUAGAAGAACUGAAGUUGAGCAUGGAGCAGCGCAUAUGGCGAAUCAAGAUUCUGAGGAUAGAAGAGCGGGUCCAGAAUGAGACGCUGGCAAAGCGCGAAACGGAAGGUGAGGAAGAGCAAAGUGGAGGUUCUGAGGGGAACGCUGGUAGACGCAGCAGGGUCUCGAGGACAGAAGAUAGGGUAAGAAACAAGGGGCGAGCUAGACGAGAAGCAAAGAGUGGGGAUAGUGGUGCUGUGGAGAGCGAUGAGAGUAGAGGGGGGAGGGUGUUGAGGACACGUUCAUUCUAUGGGGACAAUCCUGUUGAUAGCUACGAUGACCCUCAAGAGGAAGAGUACCACGACUACCUUAGAGACGCAAGCGCAUGGCUCGAAGACUACCGAGGGCGUGCAGAAUUUCUGGCUUAUGUGCCAAAGCUGAAUGGCAAAUUCAAAUUUGCCACGCCAACAGAGUGCGAAACCUUCGAUGCAGCGGAUCACAGCCUCUCGAAUAUCCUCGCCCGACUUGCUGCCGAAAUCGACGAACGCAUCAUGAUCCAAGAAGGUCCACGUUGCCGUGCGCUCUUCCAGAGUAUACGGGAUCGUUUACCGAAGGAGCUCCGUGAGAUGGUCUUUGGAUAUAUCUUUCACGGCACGUAUGUCCUGUUGGAAGCGAAGGAUGCCGAAGCCGAUGACGAUGACGACACUCCGGUCUGUGAGAAGUCAGAUAUUGGAAGACACUAUCCUUACAGCUAUCUACUCAAGCCGGGAUAUAUCAACGACUCUGCGAUAAGGACUGAGCUUAUCGAGGCAUGGUUUCGAACGUCAAAUUUCAUUGUCACGGAUGCCGCACUUCUCGGUCCCUCCCUGGAGAAGUACCCAUGGAGCGCUGGCAUUGAUCCAGUGCAACUUAUCAGACGAGUCUAUGUGACUACAGAACCCCUGGAAGCCCCCUUGAUGCGCGAGGCCAUCUGCAAAGAAUUGAAGCAUCUUACCUGUCUUAAACUAGGCACAACUAUUACGAUUAUUGUGGAUCUGUUCCCUAGAUGGCCUACUAUGCGGGAGAUUGAGAAUCGCGCAGCCUCUCUAUUCCUAGUAUUAUUGCGUAUGAGGGGUAUGGGAUAUAAGAUGAUACUUCGACUGUGCUUUAAUUGUGAGAUUGUGGUGGAGCGGGGGAACCGCUGGGUGGAGGCAUGGCUGAGGGAGAAUGAAUGA